CGUUUUGUUUUGUUUUGCUGUAAACUUUACUCGGUUUCCUAUAUCUUUAGCUUAAGUAGGGUUUUUUUCUUUUUAUUGUCUUUUGUUUUCCUUACAGAUGUAGGCGAUUCUAUUUUCUUGCCUUCAUGUCAGGCUGGUUAGAGAUUUCUAUUUUAUUGCUUAAGCAUUGUUCAAUAAAAAAAAACCCUUUAUGAAAUAUUUCUGAUUUUGUUUUUCAUUUGAAGUGUAAAAACAAUAAAAAAAAAAACAGUGUAUACAAAAGGUUAUUUAAAAAUAUGUGCCAUUAUAGGUUAGAAUUAAAAGCUGUUUUUCUCAAAAAAAAGUAUGAACAUUAUUUGCAGUAUCACUGAUUUAUUGAUAUUGAUCACUGAUUUAUAGGAAGGGGGGUGUUUUUGCGUAAUUUCCAAUCAUGAAACAUAAACUUAAGCAGGAAGUUCUCUUUUAAAGUUACAUCUCUAAGUGUGAUGUUCAAGCAUCCACAUACAUUUGGUCAUACAGUGUAAAUGUGACUGGAGUACAAAAUCAACAGUACAGUACCAACAGUAAAACUCCAGCUCCAGGCCUGUGUGGUCAUUCUGAUGACUGAACGCAGGUCGGCGCUGUUUCUUCUUUGCUCCUGAUGAUGGUUCUGAUUGGACAGCUCCUUCUUUAUCCCUGUGCUCUGCACUGAGCGGGUCAACAGCCAACAUCUUGCUCAGCACAGGACACAGGACACAUGAAAACCCGCUUUUGGCUUCGGGAGUCUUUGUGUCCUUUGUGAAGCUGAUACAGCAGAUGGCAGGCUCUGAGGCUGCCAAGAACAAGGACAGAGAGAACUGAAGCCAGACUUCAUGGAUUGGAUUACAGAACGCAUGCUGCGUCACGGCAUCGGUGUGUCCUGCAUCGCAAAGCAGCUUGACCCUCCAGUAAGUUCUGCAGCACUCGGUUUCCUUUAGAGAUCCAGGUCUUUGGCCUCGCCUCACCUGUCUGAUCCCCGGGGGACCGGCGUGCUGCGGAGAUGAUAAAGGCACAGAGAGCGUAGCAGAUGGGAUGAAUAUUUAAAGUAAGGUUUUAGAACCACAAGAUAUAAAGGAGGAUGUUGCUAAAAUACAGCACGGCCUUAAAAGACAAAUAACCGAUAAGGUCACCAUGGCCUUAAGCAGAGUAUUUUUUAAUAUAGUGCCUAAAUUUUAUGAAUUGACUCACUGGUCAGAGGGAGAAGACCAGACACUGGAGCCAUGACACUAUCUAAAUAAAAUCCACGAUCGGCAGCCGUAGUGAGCAGGUCCGUGGCGAUAUGAUCUCCAAAGUGUCAUGUCUGUACCUGCUCACGGUGCUGUGCUGGGCCAGUGCUCUGUGGUACCUCAGUGGAACCCGCCCGUCCACCUCCUACGUGGGCCACAUGUCUAUACCGGUUCGAAGGCAGCCUCCAAGAUUUCCGAAAAAUAUCACGUUCAGCAACAUCCGGACUCGCACGCUCAAUCCGCACGCCUUCCAAUUCCUGAUCAAUGAGCCGAAGAAAUGCGAAGGCGGCCCACCAUUCCUGCUCAUCCUCAUCAGCACCAACCACAAAGAGUUUGACGCCAGGCAGGCCAUCCGCGAGACAUGGGGAGACGAGAGCACAUACAGCGAUGUUCGCGUCGUCACACUCUUUCUGCUUGGACACAACCCUGAGCCGGUUCUCAACCAGAUGGUGGAGCAGGAGAGCCAGAUCUUCCAUGACAUCAUCAUCGAGGAUUUUGAGGAUUCUUAUCGAAACCUGACGCUGAAGACGCUGAUGGGAAUGCGUUGGGUGGCCUCGUUCUGCCCUGAAGCCAAGUACGUCAUGAAGACUGACAGCGACAUUUUUGUCAACAUGGACAACCUUGUGUUGAACCUGCUAAGACCCAGCGUACAGCCCAGGCAGCGUUUCUUCACAGGCCACGUCAUAAACGGAGGGCCUAUCCGAGACACUCACAGUAAGUGGUACAUGUCCAGAGACUUGUACCCCGAGAACAAGUACCCCCCUUUCUGUUCCGGGACAGGGUACGUGUUCUCUGGUGACAUGGCAGAGUUGAUCUAUAAGACUUCUCUCCAUACUCGCCUCAUUCACUUGGAGGACGUGUAUGUGGGGUUGUGUCUGCGCAAACUUGGGGUCCACCCGAUCCAGAACAGUGGCUUCAACCAUUGGAAGAUGAGCUACAGCCUCUGUCGCUACCGCAGAGUCGUCACGGUGCACCAGAUCUCACCCGAGGAAAUGCACAGGAUUUGGAAUGACAUGUCUAGUAAAAAACAUCUCAAGUGCUAACAUCCUUACAGCGCCAUCUAUAGUCUGGGAGGACAUACUGCAGGUCCGAUUCAUGUACCAAGGUGGAGCUCAAGUCGUGUUUCCAGGGUUACAUCAGUAAGUUAGUAAUCAGAUUAGGAGUUCGAAUCCCAGAGAACUUCGAUUGGAAUCUUGGGACACUGCUUGGAAUGUAUCCUUCAUUAAUUGUAAGUCGCUUUCAAUAAACAUUUUUGCCAAAUAAAUAAAUGUAGAAAAAAGUAUUCAGAUAUCGAGGUAUUUAGGCUUGGCCAGAUCUUGCCAAUUCCUAUAACCAUGGCAAGGUAAAAAAUAAAAAAUGAAUAAAUUCUAUUCACCAUUCAGACCAACGUUAUAGCCUGAGAAGUUUGCCAGUAGUGCUGAUGGGUAUUAUGGCUUAAACCUGAGCCAAGAUUGAAUGUCAUUUUUAAUUCCUGUUCUUUUAUUCAUAAUUCAUGAUUCAAAAACAGACAAAAUCUCUGCCAUGGACUGAAUGGCAAAUCUUUAAGCCACAUCUGUAUGUUUACAUGGUCCUGGUGUGUAUCUCUAUCUCAUAGUACAGUGGUACCUCGCUUAUCGACCUUAAUCCGUUUCUUAAAACCAGUCGAAAUGCGAAAACGUCGAAGAGCAAAUGUAAGUAUCCCAUGAGAAAUAACGGAUACCCAAUUAAUCCAUACCCGACCUCCUCCGAUACCCAAUAAUUAACAAUUUUUGCCCCGUGGUGGUCUUUCCAGGACUCUUUCAGAGUCAAGUUACUGGAAUUGGUCAUGCUAAAACACUUACGAAACAGGUGUUUCGUGUAGAGUUUUUUAAAGUUUGCUAUGACCAUCUGAUCCAUAGGCUGAAUGAGGGAGGUCGUAUGUGGUGGCAGAAAUUUGAUUGUAAUCCAGUCAAACUCAGCCUCCAACUCAUCGCCUAAAUCUGAAGGAUGUGCCAUUGCAUUGUCCAGGACAAUCACGCAUUUCAACGACAAACCUUUCUUCCAACAAACCGAAGUUUAAUUUACGAUAGAUGCUCUCUCCACGAAGGCUGAGGUGAGACUGGGAAGAUCCUUCCGCUCACGCUACAUGGGUCGAGGUCGAUAAGCGGGGAUUUGCUCGUUCAGCGGGCGCAAAUUUCGAUCGAAAAACUGUUCGCUAAGCGAAAAGGUCGAUGGACCGAACCGGUCGAUAAGCGGGGUACCACUGUACUAAAAAGACAAGUAUCGGUGGACCAGGGCACAGAUCGAUGCACAGGCUUUUGAAUUUAUCUUACGAAUUACAACUUUGCUAAUCUGCGACUGUGCAAAUAAAUAUACACCAGCAAGAAGGAGAAAAGAGCAGAUUGUGUGUAAGAGAGUAAAAACAGCUCUGACAGAUUAACAGCUGUUAAAGACAUAUUUUUAUUUGAAUACAGGUCGGCACUGAGAUGGAAUCUUUUUUCUCUCCUAGAGACAUUAAGGUUAAAGAUCUUUCAGCAGACCUGAAAGAGCACAAUACACAACAAGAGUAAGCAGAAUCCAAAUAAUAGCAUGGGUGGAGAAGUCAUAAAUGAAUUAAAUCAAGUUACAGCAUGCUCCUUAUUUCUUACGGUUCAGACGCCUGGAACCGGAACUGACUAGCCUUUAAAUCGUAGUUAGCAUAAUUGAAUAUUAUAGUGAAAAUCUAAUUAGCUAAUUAAGUGCAUUAAGAAUACAGACUAGAAAAUACGGUUGUUAUCCUCAUCUGACUUUGUAACGUAGGUCAUGUUCUUUGCGCUCUCGAGGAAAAGUCCGAAUAUCAAAAAGUAAAUAAAUACAUCGGGUGUCAAACAUAUCAAAGAUGUUUAGAUUUUUUUCUUACAAAACUCGGACACACGAGGACAAAUUUUAAUAAAAAUGUAAAUGUCUUAUUGUCUCCAAAACCUGUAGAAAUCUGUGCAAAUUUUUUGCCUUUAAGUCUUAUAAUUAAACUUCAAGCCAAAUGAAAACUUCAGUCCAUGUAGAGAGAGACAUACGGUAUACACACACUGAUUCAUCCUCAGGGGGGCACGGUGGCUUAGUGGUUAGCCUCCGCCUUGUGUGUGUGGAGUUUGCAUGUUCUCCCCGUGCCUCGGGGGUUUCCUCC